AUGGCCGUAGAUAAAGUAUUACCACACCUCGCGGAGAUACCCUCCGACAUUCCUCGAGGGAAGGAAUCGCUGGAGGUUUCGACGCAGGAGAUUGCGAUACCUCUAAGCGAUAGCGUCGAUGGACCCAUACGCGACGGGCACUUCCUAGUCCAGUCGCCAUAUACCGAAAAGGAGCACUUGCUCGACUUGAGAACCCUCGACGAGGAGAAUGCAUUACUCGCUCAAGCGCUAGUUCGUAUGAGGAACCUGCGGCCAGACUAUGCCACCGCUCCUUAUACCGAAACCUUUAACUGGAACGAAAUCAUCGAGGAAUUAACGCGACUCGUGCGAGAACGUAGCCACAGGUGGAAGGAAACUUCCUUCUUCAUAGUAGCUUUCCGGUCGCAGAUUCCGCCGACAACUGUGUACGAGGAUCUAGGCGCCUUAGAUAAGGUAGCGCACGCCGAGGCGAUAGCCAGCGGUGGCUUUCUCAAAUAUUGGUUCGGACAUCCUGAUAAGGACGGCAGAAACCUUGCGACGUGCGUGUGGAGGUCGCAGGAAGAAGCAGUCAAGGGAGGAGUCGGACGUGGACAUCGAAAAGCAGCGGCGGCCACCAGGUCGUUGUACUCGCAUUGGAAGAUUGACCGGCAUAGGCUUAUCAUCCGAGAUGACGUGAAAAGCUGGGAGCUUAUUGACUGGGAAUGA